UUCUCAGGGCAAGCCUGGUUGUAGCUAUUGUAGAUCUGUUCGAGUCGUCAGCGACAAAUUUGGCAUUUUAACUACCCAUAAAAUGUUCCUAUUUCUAACCUGCUACGAAAAUGUACUUCUGGCAGACCUGCCCUGAGAGCAGUGUGAGUAGCCACUAAUGCGAUAUAUAGACUAUCGUAAAAGUUAAUGAAAACAAAUGUGCUUAUGUCUUCAUUUAAGGUUAGGCUAGCCCAAUAUGUACUCUUACUUCGUGAUUUUGGCAAUGACGUCAUUUAUCUACUUCCCCACAGUCAGAUUAACUAACGGAUACCAUUUUUAUGCCUUUGCGUGCGGUUUGAAGGAAGUUGCUAACUAGUGUUAGCGCAAUGACUGAAAGUCUAUGGGUAUUUGAGACUUCGUCAUAGUGCUAACGCCAGUUAGCAUUGGCUCACGAAACUACCUAUAACUUCCUUCAUACUGUACAGGAAGUAGAUACAGGUCCAAAGACCUUAAGUUAUUUUAAGAUGUAGACUGGCUCUGGCAGCCAAAUACUAUAUCGAAACAUUACUCGAGUCUCAAUUGCGAUACUGUUAUAGAAACAAAGUCCUUUACUUUCAUAUCACAUCAAAAUAAUUUCACAAAUACAAAAUAUACACUUAAGUGUUUUAACCAGCUUUAUCACAGUUGCAGCCGACAGUAUUUUUCAGUGACAACACGUUUCUGGCGGCCUUCCGUUACUACACACAGGUGUUUGGGAGCAUGCUAAUUAACACAGGUGGUCCCUCUAACAUCAAGAUGAGGCCGUGUGGGAACCCGAUAAAGGCGGGGUUUACGACUGUGGUAACUAGUGACGACUGAAGGGGAGCGGAACAGGAAGCGACUGGGACUACACGGAGAAAGCACUGCUGCUAACAACGACAUCAACAGCAUUACCCUCGGGGAUAUCUCCCUUCUCCGUAACGUAGGUUAGAGACAGACCGAUUGCAUAUAUGAACGUGGAAACAUGUACAAUUUGGGGUAAUGAAGCGCACAAUAUCGGGUAAAGUUAAAGUGCAACAAGUUGGUAAGGAAUCGCAAGCUAUCUUUCUGCUGUGUUAAGCUAACCAAGCUAGCUAGCGGCUCCAGGAAAAAUGAAGGAGGUGAAGGGUUGCGGUAUGCGGUCCUCUGUGGGCUUUCUGUCUCAGAGAAGGCUUUUCGGGAACCCGCUGAUGAAGGAAGAAUUCCAGAGACUCCGGUUGGCAGGAUGCACAAGCCUUUACAAGAAGGAUAUGCUGGGACAUUUCGGGUGUGUAAACGCCAUAGAGUUUUCCAACAAUGGAGGGGAAUACCUGGUGUCCGGAGGGGAUGACCGCAGAGUGCUGCUGUGGGAUAUGGAGAGAGUCCUCCACGCUCGCUCGGCCAAGCCUCUCAUACUGAAGGGAGAACACCUCUCCAACAUCUUCUGCCUGGCCUUCGACAGCACCAACAAGAGGGUGUUCUCUGGGGGUAACGACGAACAGGUCAUCCUUCAUGAUGUAGAGCAAGGUGAGACUCUGAACGUGUUCCUCCACGAUGAUGCGGUGUACGGCCUGUCAGUCAGUCCCGUUAACGACAACGUGUUCGCCAGCUCCUCUGACGACGGACGGGUCCUCAUCUGGGACACACGGCAGCCGCCACACGGAGAGCCCUUCUGUCUGGCCAACUACCCGUCAGCCUUCCAUAGUGUGAUGUUCAACCCGGCAGAGCCCCGACUGCUGGCUACGGCCAACUCCAAGGAGGGCGUGGGGCUGUGGGACAUACGCAAGCCUCGCACUUCUCUGCUGCGGUACGGCGGUAGCACGUCCCUCCAGAGUGCCAUGUCGGUGCGUUUUAACAGCGCAGGGACCCAGCUCCUGGCACUGCGUCGCAGGCUACCCCCGGUCCUCUACGAGCUACACUCUCGCCUACCCAGCUUCCAGUUCGACAACCAGGGCUACUUCAACUCCUGUACCAUGAAGAGCUGCUGCUUCGCUGGAGACAAGGACCAGUACGUCUUGUCUGGAUCAGAUGACUUCAAUCUUUAUAUGUGGAGAAUCCCAAAGGAUCCUGAAGCUGGAGGCCCAGGUCGUGUGGUGAACGGAGCGUCCAUGAUCCUGAAGGGUCAUCGUUCCAUCGUGAACCAAGUCCGGUUCAACCCGAGCACCAAUAUGAUCUGCUCCUCUGGGGUCGAGAAGGUCAUCAAGGCGUGGAGCCCCUACCAGCAGACAGAGAGUCUGGGCGACCUGGAUGGUUGUGUGGAGAAUAAGUCCAGGAGUCUGUACAGCCACGAGGAGUAUAUCAGCCUGGUGCUAAACAGCGGCAGCGGUCUGAGGCACGACUACGUCUCACAGGAGGAUCCUCGUAUGAUGGCCUUCUUUGACUCUCUGGUGCGUCGGGAGAUCGAGGGCUGGAGUUCGGACUCAGACAGUGACCUGAGUGAGGGGGCCAUCCUGCAGCUCCAGGCCAGGGGGCGAGGCUCGACGCGGGCUGGAAGAGACGGCGCCGGGGUUCUGGUUGGGGUUGGUACUGCUUCGCCUGUACAUCCCGCUGCUGCUACGGGCGACUCGGACCGCUCCUCCUCAUCCUCAUUGGCUGCACCCGAGGCCUCGGGGGCGGAGCCGUUGCUGCCCAGGAGUCGUCAGCGACAUCACCAGUCUGCGUUCUUAUUGGACCUGGUGGGAGAGGACUCUGACUCCUCUGGGUUCUGGCUGGACCCCAUGCCCCGCCCCAGCCCCCGAGACAACUCCACCCUCUCCAGCCCCCCCUCCUCCCCCGCUGGGGCCUCCUCCACCUCCUCCACUACCUCCUCCUCCACCAGCUCUGAGGACGAGGAGCGCCGAAGGGUCAGCACCAGACAACGCAACGCCGCACGGAGGCGCCGCAUGCACUUCCCCUGCAGGCCCAGUGGAGGGCGCCCCGAGUCCGCCCAGGCCCUGUACCCCGGGGGGGUCGACUUCCCCUGCAGGCCCAGUGGAGGGCGCCCCGAGUCCGCCCAGGCCCUGUACCCCGGGGGGGUCGACUUCCCCUGCAGGCCCAGUGGAGGGCGCCCCGAGUCCGCCCAGGCCCUGUACCCCGGGGGGGUCGACUCCUGCUCCUACCCCAAGAUCUCCAUCGACGAGGCCUCAUCCUCCUCCGCUUCCUCCACGGAGCUGCAGCAGGACCAGGACUCGGUCCAGAUCGGACCCCAAAGGAGGACCUCGAAAACGGGGAGAUGUGCCAGCAAUUCAGGCAGACUUGCCGGUUCCGGCCCUGCAGUGUCUCUGGACAGCCAGGACGACCGAGCGGAGCAGGAGGGGCUCCUCAUCACCUCCCUUCUGGCUCAGGACACUCUGCAGCAGAGGACAGAGUCCUGGGAGGGAGGGGGGACGGGGGCUGCUUUAGAGAGGAUGGCCAAGGGCUUGGAGAGUCCGGAGGAGGACAACAGUAGCUGGGUCUCCCCUUCCUCCAGACAUCACCACAGCCCUGACAUGAAUGGCCUGCGGCUCCCUGACCAGACUGAGAUGACUGCAGUGCCAGUAGACUCCAGGGACCGUCUGGCUCCAGACCUGUUUGCGUCCCCAGAUUCCAGGGGAGAGAGGGAGGCCUUGGCGGGGAAACAAACAGACACUAGGAACCAGGUGGAGGAUGAGAAGGAUGAGGAAGAGGCAGGGUUGUCUUCUCAGAGAGGCCAGGCCCCGGCCCAGGGGGCGCUAAAACGGACUCACCUGGGGUCAGGAGGUCAAGGGUCAGGGGAGGGGUUGGAGACCUCGCCCUCAGAGAAGAAGCUCAAGACAUGAUGAUGACGUCUGUUGUGGGAAGGUGAUCAUUUGGUGAAAGACUUGUCCCACAUUAGCCUAUACCCUGUGGUUCUCAAACCUCUCCUCUCCUCUUGGACGUUGAACUACCUCACCUGAUUCACCUAGUCAAGGGCUUGAGGAUUAGUUGACUAGUUGAAUCAGGUCUGCUAGCUCUGGUAUAGAUUAAAUACAUGGAACAACUGAGGGGUCCCAGAGGAGAGGUCUGAGUAACACUGGCCCAUGGAACAUCUGAGGGGUCCCAGAGGUCUGAGAAACACUGGCCCAUGGAACAACUGAGGGGUCCCAGAGGAGAGGUCUGAGUAACACUGGCCCAUGGAACAUCUGAGGGGUCCCAGAGGUCUGAGAAACACUGGCCCAUGGAACAACUGAGGGUCCCAGAGGUCUGAGUAACACUGGCCAUGGAACAACUGAGGGUCCCAGAGGUCUGAGUAACACUGGCCCAUGGAACAACUGAGGGUCCCAGAGGUCUGAGUAACACUGGCCCAUGGAACAACUGAGGGUCCCAGAGGUCUGAGUAACACUGGCCCAUGGAACAACUGAGGGUCCCAGAGGUCUGAGUAACACUGGCCCAUGGAACAACUGAGGGUCCCAGAGGUCUGAGUAACACUGGCCUAUAUAGUACACUACUUUUCACCAGGAUCCUCUGAGCCAAUAGUCAACAGUAGUGUACUAUGUAAGGGAGAGGGGGCCAUUUCGGAUGCAACCGGAGACUCAAGUUAGUGGCUUUUCUUUGUGUUUUUACAGUCCAGUUUCUUGGUUUGGUGACGCAAAAUUGCGACACCCUUUUUAGUAUUUUUGAGCCAUUGGGACGUGUAUUCUGCUAAGAGCAGGACACAGUGGCUAUGAGGGCUUGGCUCUGUCUGUCAAUCAGAACAUACUGGAUAAUGAUUGGUCCAAUGUUACUGUGGCAGCAACGCAUUCUGGAACUUCUAGAAAUUGUCAUCACUUCUGAGGUCAAACCAUAGAUGACAUUAAAUAUCACAAGAUCCAAAAAUAUGUAAUAAUAUUGACAUUGACAAUGGUAUUGUAAAUGCACUUCUAGUUAGUCAUUUAGUCUUAAGGCAGAAAUUGAAUUUUUUUUUUUUUUUUUUUAGUUAGGCUUCAGACGGCACGUUUGAUUUCUAUUGGUUCAGGACUAAAGGUUUCAGACGGCACGUUUGAUUUCUAUUGGUUCAGGACUAAAGGCUUCAGACGGCACGUUUGAUUUCUAUUGGUUCAGGACUAAAGGUUUCAGUCAUUUACAUUUUUCAGUGAGCUUCUUGGUGAAGUGUCAGCAUUUCUGUGGCAAAUCUGUUGUAGCCAUGUAGCUGUUUGAGUGGUGCUUUAAAAAAUAAAUGAUUGUUUCAGUGUUAAUAAG